AUGCCUAUCCCUUUCGUCGCUGGUCCUGCUGCCACUCACGCUUUUGAAGUUAUCACCGGGCUUUUGCCAACGACGCAUCCUGCUUCCACCAACGCCUCUUCUGCUUCUGUGGAUGAGCUCGUCGCAGCGCUGAACGCAGUUCAAGGGCACAUGGCUGACUUUUUAAUGGAGCUCAUGGCUCGUGGUAUCGGUCCCACUGCCCACGAGUCUCAUCUUUUAGCCUCUUUAUACAACAUUUCUCAACAAAUUCCCGUGGAUCGACGGAGUUUCCUGUGGAUGGGCUGGUUACGCCCUCCCCCGGAUGGAAGUCGUCUUUAUAGUGGGGAGGAUCGGUUGAACCGAGAGUUCACGACUGCUGUGGUACCAACUACGACUGAGGGCUCUGCUGAGGAUCGGACGCCUGCGCCACUCUCUCCAGCAGUCCUUUCUCAAGUCCCCGCAGUUGUCGAGCUUUCUCGUGAGACACCACUUUUCUUGCCAUCGCCUUCACCACCACGCGACCUCCAAGCCUCUUUCGCCGUCUCAAGCGCUCUCGACCUGUAG